AAUGUCUUAUUCAUCUUUUGCCACACGUACCACGGCUCAACCAUUGUGCUGCUGUGGGGUCAAAGCCACACUUAAAUACUCAACUACAGCAAAAAACCCUGGCCGGCCAUUCUUAGGGUGUCCAAAGUACAACACAGAGGGAUUACCCUUCUGCAAGUUUUUCCAGUGGGCAGAUAGUAAUCAAGUGACUGAGCUCCAGCUCCAAGAAAGAAUCAUGCUCUUGUUACAGAGGGAGAAAGAUCUGGAGAAAAUAGUCCAUCUUCUCGAGAAAAGGGAGAUCGACCUGCGGAAGAUAGUGGAUCAGCUUGAGAAGGAGUUGGUGCGUCACACAGAAGAUGGAGAUCUUCAGAGGGAGAGGAAACUGAGUUCUUCACUUUUUAGUGGUUUUGCAUUAGUGGUAGUAUUAAUUUGUAUUGGACGUUUGAUGCUCUUCUAUUAGAGGAGAGGGUACUGAAUUCCAGCCUAGUGUUGUAAUUAGUAGAUUUCGUAGCAUAUAUUUUCUGGUUGAAGCUUUUCUAGGUCUUUUGGUGGUUUUGGUUUUUGUAUCUAAAUGCACUGAGUAAUCAUCUGUAACUUGCCCCAUUUUGUUGGAGUAUGUAAUGCACUCCACAUUAUUUAUUCUUGACUAAUGUAGUAACCAAUCUUAUUGUAAUGAGAUUGGGUCUUAUAUUUCUUGUUAAACC